AUGACGGAUAAUAAAGCUUUAGUCAUGGCUUCUGCAAAUGGGACAGUGGAUAAAUCUGAAGAGCUUCAAAAAGAAAUACUCAUGGAAAAGCUAAGAUCCAAAACGUCACAGUACAAAAAUUUAAGUGAAACUUCUAAAGCUGUUCGAAUGGCAAUGCUGGACAAAAGAUGGGCAGUAGACAGUGCUGAUCAUAUGAUCUUACAAAAAUGUCUCGAUAGCUUACAACAUUGUAUAAAAGUGAGCUCAUUACAGAGUCUUAUUGAAAGGCUAGAGUGUCUAUCCAGACAACUUGGACUAAAAUUUGUAGUAGGAACAUCUGGUGUAAAUUUAUUUAUAUCUUCAGAUAUGUUUUAUUUGGAAAUAUUAGUUGAAUCUUCAGGUUCAGUUAAAGAUGUGAAAAUUCAUCAUGAAGGCAAGAUAGAACAACAAAGUUGUGAGGAACUUGUACAGUGUAUAUCACGUGGAGAUUUUGCUGAUUUUACAGCCCAACUAGAAGGACUUACUGCUGUAUAUCAAUUAAAUGCAGAAAAAAAAGUCAAAUGUAAGGCAUUUAGUGCACUUCAAAGCCUAGAAGAAGAUCUGUGUACAUUACGUCAAUUACAAAGCAUGAUAAAAGACCCUUGGGCUCAAGUACAUAAAAGUCCUAUAGGCUUUCUACAGAAGAGAAGAGGAGGUCAUGCUAUGCGCCUCACAUAUUUCGUGUCGCCAUAUGAACUACUAGAUAAAGAUAAGGGCUUGCAACCCCUAACAGUGGAACUACUGACUAUGGGUAAGCCAUCUGCCUCCAGUGGUCUAGCAUCGUUGGUGGCCCCCUCCCAUACUCCAAUAGGACACUCUGCAACAGUGCUUCUAGAAGGAUCUACAGCUAAUAAGCUGCAGUUGUCGCCUAUUAUAUCUGGACAGCGUGGUGCGAAAGGAAGUGGUCCGAUAUAUGCAAAGUUGGUACCACAAAAUAGUGCAAUGCUACCCGCUUGCUUCACCCUAAAACUGUCCCAACCAACGCCACUCUGUGCUGGACUUGCUAAACUUAUUCAUGCUACUACAGAGGUGGAGGUAGCAGGAGAUUGGGCAAAUGCUAAGCCCAUGUUAGGUUUAGUGGCGCAACAGGCGUACAACAAGCUGGCGCCCGGCAAGAUCGUCGAGUUGAAUCUCAGCAAAGGACUCUUUGUGAACUUACCAGAGCAGUGGCAGUGCUACUUUCUGUGCGAGACGCGCGGGCUGGAGGGCUGCGUGGUGGGCAGCGUGCCCUUCACGCACUCGUCGCACGUGCCGCCGCUGCUGGCCGCGCUGCGCCAGCAGGCGCUCUUCAACGCGCUCGUGGCCAGCUGCGUGCGUCUGCAGGCGAAGCAGGUAAUGGAGCUAGAAAGCGUGCUAAUGUUCGAAGUGAGCGCGCUCUCCUGGCAACACAUCUCCAUAUUCCUGGAGCACCCGUUGGACGAGAGCAUGGCGACCGUGGAGCUGGACCUCACCGACCCGGCCGCGCCGCGCGCCGCAGUCUACACCCUUAACUCACCGCCCAGGGAACAUAUAGAUGAUUAUAUAACCAAAGUACUGCAGAAAAGCCACUCUAUACCUAUAACGCUUAGAUCGCUCGUUAAAAUAUGGGAGCGUGAAGCGGCAACAAAGCAGAUAAACGGCAGCUACUCGGCUCUGGAGUCAAAUUUUAGCUGUGGCCUGGGGGGCAUCGACCCCGGGGGCGACGUGAAGCACGAGCCCGGCGCCGCGCACCGCCUGUACCCCGCCAACGUCAGCCAUCCGCACCAGGGGGGUACAUAUCUGUCUGAGCAGCAGCAUCAUUUAUCAAUGAUGUGCCAAGAUUCUAAUACAAAUGAAUCAAAACCUCAAAUGUCGGACGAUAGAAAAGCAAAAAAGCGCAAAGCUGAAGCAAUGUGGCCGACGAAUCAAAAAAAGGGCAAACCGGGGAUGAACGACAUGAUGGACUCGGAUAGUGAGAGCGACAAUUCCGAUAACUACGGUAAUGAUGAGAACACUAUGAAUAGUAAUUCAACCAACGACGAUAUAGAAGGUCGAGAAUCGUCGGUAUCUCAAAAUGAAUUCGCUUCAGACUUAGAACUUUCUGGAAUGGACGCGACUGACGCUCUCGGGAGUCAAGACAACAGGACGUCGUCCGAUAUGGACAAUUCCAACGAUGGAGAUGUAGAAGAUAUGAUCAGGAAUCCUUUUCACAAGUCUGAGCACAAAAGGCAAAAACUGAAAAGUAAAGAAGAAUCUCGUAGCGCUAGAAGCACAUCAUCGCUGCUUCUAGAUCUCACUGACGGAAAGUCUUACAUGCCGUCGUCGGUCAGUAUUACUCCCAUCGGAACCACUUCGUCAGGCCCACCGAGUUCCGGAUCUGGUUCUAAUAUAUCGUCCAUGAUAUGUCUUGACCGACGACCCGGGAUAGAAAUAAUCCCAAUAACAGCUGCAACGCCAGCAGCUUUACCGAGCUCAAUAACAAUAACACCAAUAACAUCUUCACAAAUAAAAUCACUAGACGAUCGUAUUAGAUCCGAUAAAAAGUCCAGUAAGUCUGAAGAACGCAGCAAAGAAAAGAAGAAAAAGCGUCGUAGAGACGACUCCAUGGGGCCGCCUGAAAAAAUCCCUCCCAAACAGGAUCCUUUAACUAAACCAGUAUCAGUAAGUAUUAAGCCAACAGACGGUUCUCCCAUGCGUCCUACUUCCCCAAACUCUAUUCUAAGAAAAUUUAGUCCCAGCCCAACGCAUGGUAGGUCAGUGUCUAUAACUAAAUCGCCCAGUCCUAGCAGUGUUAAGGGCUUGGGGAAGCCGUCAGGGACGUCUAGCCAUCACAGCAGUCCAAGACACUCGCCAGUACAAAACAGCCCCAAGCAUCUACCUGGCUAUUCGAGUCCAAAAAACCACAGUAUUUCUUCACCGAAACAUAGUUCAUCCGGUUCGGGAAAGCCGAGUAUGUCCACACUCAAAUCAGCAACUAGUGGUUCCCCUUCCGGAAAAUCUGGUACAACAGGGUAUGAUCUAUCUAAAAAGAUCUCAAAAGAAAGCUAUAGUUCAAGCUCCAUGACUUCUAGAGAUAAAGAAAAGAAACAUUCCAGUUUGUCUUUUUCCAGUUCAGAUAGGAGUAGUCCCAAGUUAAAAAACCCGAUGAAGCUCAAACAAUUAGAAAUUACUCCAGUUACGUGUGACAGUCCUGUGACUGAGCCAUUAAUAUCUCCGCCGAAUAUCGAAGUGAACAAGUCCAAUGCCCCAAGCCAAGCUCGUAAUAGAAAAGGUUCUCUUAGUGCCGUAAUCGAUAAGCUGAAAUCUGCUCAACACUGCGGGACUGACUCCGAAAUCACUGUAAAACCUAGUUCCUCGAGUAGCGCAAAAUUUUCAGAUCCUAAAAAUAGUGCUACUAGCAGUAGUUUAAAGCUAAGUGAAAGUAAAAAUCAAGAGUACAUGGUUAAACCUAGCUUAGAUGGUAUGAAAAUAACCAUAAAUAAAACUAGAUCAAAAGAGUCAUCUAGCAGUAGUUCUAAGUUAAACUACUCCAGCUCAAGUUCUAGUAAGCAAUCUUCGCCUCAACUAACCCCACCGAGCCAAGGCUCUCCUAAAACACAUACUGGCUUGAAACCAGGCGUGAUCAGUGGGCCUGCUUCUAAAAAAACACAAGUCUUGCAAUCUUCGAAAUCGGCGAACAUGUCUUCUAGUUCGACCCCUCCUAAAGCGAAUAUGAGUCCCUCGGAACAGUCCAACUUAAGCAAUAGCGGCAGCGCCACUAAAGUGCCUUAUUCUAAAUCAUCAAGUAGCAACUCUGCUGGUAUUAACUUGUCUAAAUCAGCCUCUAAAUCUAGUUCCGGAUCCCCUAAAAGUAGUAGUGCCGAUCUUGCUAAAAUAAUAAGAGACAGAGAGCGCGAGAAAGCAAGGACCAAGCUUAUGAGUAAUUCGGAAAAGUCAAUUUUUUCUUCUAAGUCCGAACGUCAUUCGAGUCCGAGUAGUUCUAGAGACGACGUAGAUGGAGAUCGUUUUAAAAAUACAGCUAAAGAUGCUAAUUUUCUUGUUGAGGGUUUGAUCAAGCCUCUCGAUACAAGUAAAUUUCAAAUACCAAAAUUAAAAAACCAAAAUACGCCCGACAAAAAUAGUCCAGUAUCGCAAUAUGAUAGCCGUUCUAUGGUUAAUGAUUUCGCCAGAUCUAUGGAUCAGAAUAAAUACGGGUUUUCUCACUUUGACAAUCAAAAUCGAAGUGUAGAAUCUAUGCAAAAAUCUGCGUAUCCCUUAAACGUACCAAAACCUUUAUUGAACAUGGGCGGAUUGAGUCCGAAAACAGUGCCACCGAACAAAUCUGAUCCAUCGGAAUAUUCCAAAACGCUUUCAGAUAGUAUAUCGAAAGGAGAAAGUCCACAAAAAAGUAAAGACGAUUCGAAGGAAAGUUACUCGGGUUCAUAUCCUAUGAUGCCAAUAGAUUACAAAACCGACAUGGCCAAGGGGUUUCCCGCGCCUAAGGGUAGUUCUGAAGAUAGAAAGGGUGCAGAUUCUUGUAUGAAACCCCCGGCAAGCGGGUCAGUCGCUAGGAGCGGGGCAACAACCCCCCAAGAGGCGGCCGAAAUGUUACUAGAUUUCUCGUCUUCAUCUGGCAGUAAAGUUUCAGGGAUGGUGGCUGUUAGACCAGUAUACCCCGCAUCACCUGCCCUUUUGCAAUUAGCCAAAAGUCCUGCACCUUCUCCCUUAGUAGCUCCCUCCCCCCAUUCCAACUCGCCUUGCAUAACUGACGAUGAACUCAUGGAUGAGGCUUUAGUGGGACCCGGUAAA